AUGCCCCGUCAAAUCUUCAAGAAAUGCGUCAUCGCCGUCGCAGGACCACUCCCAGGCCAGCUCACAGUCGAGAACCUCGUGCAAUGGACCCGCAUCCGCAAGGGAAUCUUCAGCAACGACUUCGACGAGUUCGUGACGCACCUCCUCUGCACGCGGGAGCAGUUCAACAAGCGAGUUCCAAGGGUUCAACAAGCUCUGAAGCGGGGGAAGCGAUUCCAUAUAGUCCACUAUGACUGGUUCGAGUUCUCUGCCGUCCAGGAGAAGAAGCAGUCUGAGAAUGAGUACUCGAUGAGGGUUCUGCUUGCCAAGCAAAAGGCCCGUGAGAGGGAAGAGAGGAGGAUCGAGAAGGGUAUACAGAAUGAAGAGAAGUUCGUCAACACGAGUAAGUAUAAGUUUUUGGCAUAUCUCCCCAUCUAUAUCACUAUGCUAUUCUACUCUCCUGCGGCAUUCCUAACCAACCAUAUCAACGAUCUAGAUCUGUUUCAUAUAUACACAGACCGGGAGUUCUUUUCAUACCAGAUCGACAUCACGAGAGACGAUACUGGGUUAGGAGAGCUUGGCCAGCGUUAUACUAUGUGUCUCUGGGAAUCCGAUGCCAAGCCGCACCUCUACCAAUUCACAGCAAAGUUCCUCAAGAGGAAAGGAGACGGGCAGCCUACAUACUACCGCCCAAGUCCCUGCGCAGGGAAAUGGCGUGAUGAGAUGAACCACUUCAUGGCAUUCUUUCAGAAGAAGACGGGGGUCGACUGGGAGGAUAGAGUGGUCAUGCAGAAGACCACCGACACUGAAUACUUUCAGUAUACUCCACCGGCGGGAGGGAAGCCAGUUGGCCGCCGUUUGCGCCACUCUCACGAGUACUGCCUCCAAAUCAAUGCCGAACUCAGGGGGCUCCCAUGGCCGCCGAAGGAAGAGAACCCCGAGGGCAUGAUGGAUGUGACUCAAGGGGGAGACAUAUUGGCGAUACCGGGUGGAAGUGACGAGUGGGAGCCCGAGAUCCCCGCUGACGUGAGAAACGACAGUCUCGUUGACGAGGACAUGGAUACAAGCGAUGAUGAGACACCACCAUCUACUCAAGACGCCCCAGAUGGCGAGCAAUGUGAAGAAGAGAUCGCCAAUGAUGACUCGGACGAAGACGUACACAUGGAAACAGAGACACCUCAUCAGAGUGAACUAGAGGAUGAUGAGAUGGAUGAGCAACCAUCGACCCCUUCGUCGGAUGAUUCGACCGAGGGCUCAACUUCUCAACAAGUGGAAGAUGGAUAUACCACGCCUACUAGUCUGGCAAGCGACUAUGAAUCCAGUUGCUCAAUGGAUCCAGGUGCCAUGGUGCCUGACGAAAUUACUGACCCAAGGUUUUAUGAGGCUGUGAGACAGGCACUCAAAUUCCCCGUUCCGAAUUGA